CCACUGACUUCCCCGCGCGCGCUCGCUUCCCCCGUUCCCCGUCCAUCCCCAUCCCCUCCCCUCCCCCCACGGCGGCCCCAGCCGAAGCAGACCCUACGUCCAGCGGCGGCGGCGGCACCACCGGCGAAGUCGGAGGAGGCAAAUCGGCCGACCCCGAUGGCUUCGUGGCACGACGGCUUGGCGGCGCCGCUGCGUGUCCUCAUUUCUCCACGUCCUUUGGAUGCCAGUGCUCAAGGGAAUGUUUUGUCACUUCGCCAUCCAAGAUCAGGAGAUGAAACAGGGUAUCUAUUUAUUAACGAUCAACUUCAAGAAAUCAAUUGGUUUAAGGAGCGUUACGGUGCUUGGUUCUUGGGUGACUAUGUUUGCGAAGAUGGUGGCCUCUAUUAUUGCACCCCUGUCGAUCCCAUCUUCAUUUUCCUACCGAUUUUUGAAGCUGCACGUAUGUCGAAUGGGAAGGAUCCAGGAAAAUACAGACAACUGGAUGAAAUAUUGUAUAUUGAGGGAUAUCCUGGAUAUCAGCAGCUAAUGAGUGUAGCUGGACACCAUAUGGAAUUGGUUUGUGAAGUAAAAGAAGUAGCUAACAUGAAGUUCUUUAGGCUGGACGACUCCAAGGUCUUAUCUUGGUUGUGCUGCAAGGUACACAACCUAAAAGAGGUCUUUCUCAAGUUGGGUAAGAAUUACGCUGCUCAAGCAGAAAAGGAACGAUUGAAGGAGGCUGUCCAAAUGAUCCGUGAAUAUCUGAAGGAUGAACCAUGGUUAACAUUACUCUGCAAGAAGCUGCAGUUGGAUCUGAAUGAGAUCAUCAAUGAUGUGACGACCAAAACUAGUGAAGCUUCAUUUUACGCAGACAGUUCUCCGGCGCCUGCUCGCCCCUCUGAGAGUAAGGAGGCGAAUGGUAGUGCCAAGUCAAGCAGAGGGCGGCCAGCAAAGAAGCCGAAGACUGAGGUAGGAUCCAAGAACAUCAAAGAUAUGUUCCGAAGGGUCACAAGGAGUGGAUCAGGAUCAUGAUGCCUCCCUUAUAACCUGGACGUGGCUGACUCCUCACGUGGCAAUUGAUGACUUUGUAGCUACGAAAUUAUCUCCAAAAUUGGAUUUGCUGACAUGCCAUUAUUUGGCUCAGCCCAGCAACCCCUUUGUGAAAUCUUUGUAUUCUAGCAAUUAAGCUGCAGAGGAUUUGUGCGGCUGAACAACUAGAUUGGCAUUGUGGCAUCAAUAUGAUGACCCGGGUAGUGGACCCUGCCAGAGUACAACCCUACUGGGAUGUGUAAUGUCUCUGUAUCGCCAUGCUUUGUGACGCGCGUGUUAUUUGAGUUAUCUGAACUGAUGUGUGAGAUUUUCAAUUGA